AUGGUAUUGGAAUUGAAUGCUUCGGACGAUCGAGGAAUUGACGUGGUGAGAAAUGAAAUCAAGAACUUUGCGUCCACGAUGCAGAUUUUCAGCCGAGGUUUCAAAUUGAUCAUCUUGGAUGAAGCCGACUCCAUGACUGCCGUUGCACAGAACUCGCUUCGGAGAAUUAUUGAGAAAUAUACCAAGAACACCCGGUUCUGCAUUCUUGCCAAUUACUCUCACAAGUUGAAUCCUGCUCUCAUAUCAAGAUGCACGCGGUUCAGAUUCCACCCAAUAUCCGAGCUGGCAAUCAAAGAAAACCUUCAGCCGGUCAUAGUGAAGGAACAUUUAUCCAUACAACCAAGUGCUGUUGACGCCCUCUUGCGAUUGUCGAAGGGAGACAUGAGAAAGGCAUUGAAUGUGUUACAAGCGUGUAAGGCAUCGUUGUCCAAGGAUGGUGACGAGAUAGACGAGACCAUGAUAUACGAUUGUCUCGGAGCACCGCAGCCUCAGGACAUAGAGGGAGCUCUCGAUUCCAUCUUGAAAGACGAGUGGACCACUGCGUACCUCACGAUAGAGAAGCUCAAGAAACAAAAAGGAUUGGCACUAAUUGACUUGAUCAGCGGUAUAGUGGAGAUACUAAACAACUACGAAUUGAAACCUGCCACCAGAAUUGACAUUCUCAAAGGACUAUCAGAGGUGGAAUAUGGAAUUGCAAGAGGAGGUAAUGAUAAGAUCCAAUCGAGUGCCAUAGUGGGAGUCAUCAAAGAAGCACUAGAAAACGAAGCAUGA